AGUAGUCUAUGGUUGCGGGCUGCGGCAAAACGGGCAAACAAGAAAUCAAAUUUUUAAGGUUAUACUGGUUGUUAUCCUUUAACUUGUUAUCCCGCUUCUAAUGAGAAAUGAAUUAAAAAUAAGAAUUGAAAUAAAUCUAUAUAAUUAUAUUGAUUUCACCAAAUUAAGAAGCUUUAAACUAAAACUGACAUCAGGAUGGCUGAAGUUUUCAUGAAAUCUGAAGAUCUAUGGAAUCCUUCCAAGGACCUUCAAGACAUUGUGUUUAAGCAUCUUACCCAGAGUUCUUCAAAUCUCUGCAACUCUGAAUUAGAAAGUGCACUUCGAAAACACAAACAAAGUUUUUUCUCCUUACUGAAGAAUCCGCCAAAAAAUGCCAAAAGUAGAGAAGAAAUAAAAAAGGGUAUGACUGAAGGAAUCACUGUUAGAGGUUUAGGACAUCAAAUACUGUCACAGGAAUUAUAUCAAGAGACUAUAAUCAUUUCGGAUAUGUUCGACAUAAAUGAAUUUGUAGCUUUAGACUUAUUAUGUACAGCACAACUUCAAGUUACUUACCAUCCUGGGUUACCUCGAGGUUUAGUAGCUGUGCUUCUAUAUUAUGAUGGUCGGAAAGCUCUUCUAACAGCUUUAAAAUGUCUCGUUCAAGCUAGAAAUGGAGUUCAAUGGUCUGUUAAUAUAAAAGAAGAAGUAGCUAGGUUUAUUACCAUAUACACAGAUCAAUUGAUGGAAGGUGGUUUGUUUACUAGAAUAUUUGAGUUAUUGAGAGAAUUAGAUCUCAGUAAGGAACUGGAAAAGUUACAUCAGAAUGUUGCCUUAGGAGGUCCUAAACAUAGGAAACAAGUCAAAGAUUUAUUUCUUGAUAUAAGAAACUUAUUAGGGGACAUUGUGUUCAUUUGGGCAACACAAUGUGGUCUUCCCAAAGCACCUACAUUGGGUUUAAUAGAUUAUUUGAGGGAAGUGAAAGGGGAUGAAGAGGCUUCAGGAAAAUUAGACUCUGUUAAUUUGACUCUGCAGAUGGCUUUACUGUCAGCUUUAGAUCUGAGUAUUCUCCACACACGGGAAGAUGGUGAAGAAAUAGUAAAAAGUCUUCCUAUUCUUUCACAAAAAAAUUAUCUAGAAUAUAUUAUUAAAGAAUUUGGAGCAAAUAAGCCAAAAUGGAACUGUGAAGGGCUAGAAGCAUUAUCUACCUUUGGUAUAGCUGUUUGUAUUGCUUCACUAAGGCUCCUUUGUCAAAACCAGCAAUUUCAAGAAUUUAUUGGAAAGGAGGAGAUCUUUAUUGAUAAAGCUAUCGAACUCAAUGUGUUUGAUUUUCUGAAUAAUAUGGUCUUAGAUUGUAAUCUCUUAUAUGAAGACGAAUUUAUGUACAAAAGAAUGCAUUACCUUUUAACAGAUUUCAUAGUUUAUCUAUAUCCAAAAGUGAAAGAAUUGAGGAUUAAAGCAGAUGAAUCUGCAAGAACCAUACAGGUAUACAUUCGUGAAGGUUUGGAAGCUCCAGUUUCUCUUCCAAGGCAUUUUGAAAAUCUCCUUCUGUCAAUCGCUAAACUAUACCAGGGCAAUAAACUAAAAAAUACAUAUGUUUUGGACUACUGGAGCCCCAUUGAAAUUAAUCCUGAUCAGUCAUACUCAUACCAUGCCCCACCAAGAGCGGUCUCAUUAUUUAAAUUUGUGAGAUUUGCAGGAGAUAUGCUACCUUCCACGUUAUUCGUGCCUUAUGUUUCAUUUCUCAGUAGUCUAUCUACAUGUCAACAAGCUGCUAGAAAUUGUUUCAAUAUGCUGAAACAGGUUGGACUUCUUCCCAGUUCCACCAUAUCAUGGGAUCACUUUUUUGUAUCAUUUGCUCAGUAUUAUUCUAAUCUUAGAGAAGAAUCUCCUCCUUUGACGGACACCAUUUAUGGACAGAAGGGAUCUUAUCAUAGAGCAGUCUCCCCAUUAGAAAUAAAGGGUUUACAAUCUGUACUUGUCCUUAUUCGAACUGUUGCAGAACAUGACGAAUUUUCGAGAUUAGCUUUAUGUGAACAUCCAGGAUGGGCACCACUGACUGUACUUCUAGGAUUAGUGGGGUGUUCUAUACCUAUUCCUUUGAAGGCGGAACUUUUGUUGACUUUGGCAACUCUCUCAAAAUCUCCAGAAAAUGCUUCACAGAUGUGGGAGAACUUAGAAGCCUCUCAGAUACUUAUUACAAUACCUUCGAUUUCUGGUUAUACCCCAAGGGGUAUUGAAACUGAAUUAGAAGAGGUAGAAUCGAGGGAUGAAGAAUAUCCGUUAACAAAAGCUUUCUUGAAAUUAUUGGACAGUUUGACAGACCUUGGUAUUCCAAGAAUGUUAGGUGCUGGUCCAAGAAAACCUGGAUUCACUCCCUACUUAACAUUUGUUGUUAAUUCUGUAUUUCUGCGAUAUCAUGCAAGGUCAUACAAAGAUCCAUCGGAAAGAUGGGAAGUUGCAAUGUUAUGUUUGAAAUUGUUUGAAAAAUUUUUAAAGCAUUAUGAUCCACAAAUAGCAGAUAUUUCACCAGAUGAUACGACUAAAGAAUUCCACACACCACCUGGAUUUCACCUGAUGAUACAGUUCAACAACAAAACUGAUUUAUUAAAUCUCAUUCUUGAUAUAGUUCAUGAUGGUUGUGCAUAUUUUAAUCAGUUUGUUUCUUUUCCUGGUGAGGAUAUGCUGAAACAGUGCGUGCUGCAUUGUUUGAAUAUUAUCCACAGAGUUCUUUUACUUCAGGGAUCAUUCUCUAACAUAGUAGCAGCUUCUUCAGAACCCAUACUACUUACAGGAAUAAUGAAACUACUACUCACUAUCAAUAGAAAAAGUGGAAAACCAGAUCAUUGCAUCAACAUUGCAAAGUAUGUCAAUUGCCAGUACCAUCUGCCAGAACAUGCCAAUAGUUCUAUAAAGGUCUUGAGGUUGGUUUUGAGUUCACCAGUUGCACACAGCCACUUUGUCAGUAUGCUAUUUUCAAUGGAAGACAUGGCCAAAGAUAUCAAAUUCGGUUUCAUAGAAUGUUUAGAUGAAGCUCAAACUGAAGAUAAUGAACAAUUGAAUUUGAGUACUAAAUUAGAGAUCCUGAAACUGCUGAAACAAUGUGUGGUAUUCAAUGCACCAAAUUUUUCACACUAUUUACUUGGAUUUGAUAUCAAGCAAGAUAUUUCAAAGUCGAAUUUAUUAUUACCAGGUGUAAAUGACUAUCCAAGGUCAUGCUUACAUUCAAUCUUUGUUUUAUUCAACAUUGCUGUCAGGGAAUCAAUUUCAGAUCAAUUAUUGGAAUCUAUAUAUAAUAUGUUGCAUAUUUUAUGUUCAAAUGCUAAAACUUCUGGUCCAGUGUUGAGAUUUAUAAAAUCUAAUGAAAAUUUCUUUAUAACACACCUAAAGUACAGUUAUAAACAUUUGAAGAGCAUGCAAUCACUGAGACAAGCAUCUUGGUUAAUGAAAACAGUUGCUAUUGAACUGAAAGUGUGUAGUACAAGUAAACAAGUGAAAUAUCUCAAACAACUAUCGAAUUUCCUCACAGGAUAUCCGUCUUAUGAUAUUGGAGUUUGCAAUGACACAUUUGCAUUAAUAUCAAAGCCUACUUUGUCAGAUAGUGGUCCUGCAUUUGCACCUAUAUCCUUCGAUGAACCAGAUUUUUUCAUGCUGAAUUUGACAGAACAUUUUGAGUCUAGAGAAAAUGAAAUGGAGAUGCCAACCUGGGAAAUCUUCAACAAUUCAGUAUUGGAAAAUUUACUCAAAAGUUGCCAGACUGAAGCCACUCCUAAAUUGAUAAACAUAAAAAAAUUGCACCAAAUACUUAAUGAUGAGUUGAAGAACUUCCAAGGCACUGCUAUAAUAGGGCAAAUGCAGGCAAUAAACCAAGAAAUACCCAAAGUACUCAAGUAUGCUUUGGAAGUGAAUAAAUGUAGAGAAGAAAGUGCUGCUGUUGUACAGUUUGUUGAAGCCUGGUGCCAAAUCAUUGAUGUUAUUGUGAUCUACAUCCCAUUUGAAAUAUUAUCCCCCAUUGAUAAGCAGUAUCUGUGCAUACAGUUACUGGUUAAAUUACUCAAAACUGUGACAGUAGUAGAUAUUGUCAGUGAAGCAAACAAACUAAUAUCUGGAACCAUUCUUCUACUAUUGAGUAAUUUACAGCAGUGCCAUUUGCAAGAAAAAAAAUUGAAUAAAGUAUCAAACAAUCCGAAAGAUCUAUAUGUGAUUCAAGCAAAUUCUGAUACAUUAAAAGAAAUUUUGAGGCUGUUAAUGAAGUGGAUAGUUGCAUCAAAUAUUGUAAGUGAAAAAUUAAGGAUAAAUAUUUAUGCUUGUCUGAUGAUAUUCCUCCAACUCACACAUAUUGAUCAAGAAAACGAAGGUAUAUUUGUUCCCAAUAGUUCAUUUGUCAGUCGACUAGAUAGCACCAAGUUAAAUCUGUCUCAGCUUGAUGACACCACCAUUAAUAUGCCAACGGAUGUCAUCAAUGAUUUUGGAGAGAAACUUGUUGAAAUUCUUUGUCAUGAUUGUAUAAGUUCUCAUGAUAUGUGCAAAGUAUUAGCAAUGACUAGUUUGGGUCAACUUGUAUACCUAACAGGAAAUAUGAAUUGGAUAGCGUUCAUGUCAGGAAGAGGAUAUAUAAAACAUAUUAUUCAAAGUAUAUUUGAAAGUGAUAAUGAUUUACUGAAUUUGUUGGAGCCAUCUUCAACCAACAUGAAAAGUCUUUAUGUUUAUUCUGCUAAAAUUGCGUUUUUGAUUAAAUUAGCAGGUAAUAGAAUGGGUGCAGAGCUUUUAUUAGAACAUAACCUCUUAUCAUGUUUGAGUAACAUGAAAGUUUUUGGGCACCAUCCUGAAAUAAAUAAGACAUGGGAUUUCAAAGAAGAUAUCAGUCAGUUCACACCAUCUUUGGAGGAACAAUACCUUCAAAUAUGGCUACCAAGUUUUGACCUGUGCAAUGCUUUACUCACAACUUUAGGAUGUGACAACAAAUCAGCUUUAGUUCAAAUACUAUUUUAUGUUCUUAGUCACAUGGAUGUUGUUGAAUUAGUAUUGAGGUCUGGAAGUCCUGAAUUAUCAACUGUAUCACUGAAAGAACUGUCAUUGAUAACAUCUGUCCUUUCAAGAAGUGCCAAUAAUGAGUUGAUCAACAUAAUGGAAAAUCCUGACUUGGUCCAAAGUAAUCGUGCUCAGUUGUACCGUCUACAGAAACUGAUAUUUGCUCUUUUACCUAAAUUCAUACUUACUGAAUCAGUAAUAAGAAACUUGAUCCACAAUACUUCGAAUAGUAUGUUAAAUACCUACCAAACUUCUCAAAGGUUACUUUAUGGUAUGCAAGUAAUCUGCAAUUUAUUAUCUUAUUGUAGAAGCAUUGUAGCUAAUCAUGGAAUCGACCAUACAGGAGUUGGUGUAAUUUUUGAACCAUCAUUGAAUACAGUAAAUAAUACCCAAAGUGCAUAUGAACAAACUCCUUCUCUAGGUGUAAUUGUACAGCAUCUAAUUAGCGCAGUGAGCUACCAUCAUCAAGAAAAAGUUACUUUAGAUAGGCUUCACAGAAAAAUCAAGGAUAUACCAGAAAUGAGUUCUAUGGACCUUAGAGAAUUUGUGAAUGAAUCCCUUAAAGUUCAAGACUUGACAUCUAUAAGAGAACAGAUACUUGAUUUUACAAGAGAAAAAUUAGAGAGUAAGGAGAGGGAAAUUAAAUACUGUACAUUCAUUAUCGAACAUGCCCUUUACCUAACUUGGGUUCAUUUAGAUUAUUACAUGCUGAAGGCUAUUCCAAGGGCAAAGCAUUUUGGACCUUUGAUUUCAAGAAAUUCAAGCAAUUUGAAUGAAUCGCUACCAAGUGCCACUGAAGCUACAUGGAAAGUAUCAACGGAUGAUAUAAGCAACUUGAAGCAAGGUCUUGUCUCAAUUUUCAACGACAGCUUCACCAAGCAAUUAUUGGAGACUUUACAAGAUCUUCCAGAAUCUGAUAAGGGUCUUGCUGAAGCAUUAUUGAGAAAAAUCAAACGUCUUAUUCAGUUUGUCCCUGUUAAAUGAUUUUUAUAUAAUUAAAUAAUUCAAAAUGAA